UUCCCUGGUCAGUCCUUUCAGGAGGAGCUGCUGUACUGGGGGGUGGAGGAAAACAACCUGGACUGGUGCUGCCUCAGGAAGCUGUUGCUCAGGCAAGAGGAGUACAAGGAGCAGCAAAGGCUGGAGGAGGAGGAGGCCGAGCUCACCUCGCCGCAGUCCUGUGAAGAGGGCCAGCAGCCUCCUGGAGCGGGGGCACAGGAAGACACCUUCACGGAGGGCUGCAUGCGAAGACUGAGGGACAUGGUCGAAAACCCCCACUCUGGCCUGCCAGGGAAGAUCUUUGCUUGUCUGUCAGUACUGUUUGUAGCUAUCACCGCUGUGACCCUAUGUGUCAGCACCAUGCCUGAUCUCAGAGAGGAGGAGGAGAGGGGUGAGUGCUCCCAGAGGUGCUAUAAUAUCUUUGUGCUGGAGACGGUGUGUGUUGCCUGGUUCUCCCUGGAGUUCAUUCUGCGAUUCAUUCAAACACAGAGCAAGUGUAGUUUCCUGCGUACCCCUCUAAAUGUUAUUGAUGUGGUGGCCAUCCUCCCCUACUACAUUACCCUCAUCGUAGACUCUCUGUCAGUGGGAGAGAAACCUGCAGGCUCAGGGAACAACUACCUUGAGAAGGUGGGGUUAGUUCUCAGAGUCCUACGAGCUCUACGGAUCUUUUACGUGAUGAGGUUGGCACGGCAUUCCCUGGGCUUGCAGACACUCGGCCUGACAGUGAGGAGGUGCACACGUGAGUUCGGCUUGCUGGUGCUGUUCUUGUGUGUGGCCAUGGCCCUUUUCUCACCCCUGGUGUUCCUAGCUGAGAGCGAGAUGGGCGCCAAGCAGGAGUUCACCAGCAUCCCGGGGAGUUACUGGUGGGCGGUCAUCUCCAUGACCACAGUGGGCUACGGAGACAUGGUGCCCAGAAGCAUCCCCGGGCAGGUGGUGGCGCUGAGCAGCAUCCUGAGCGGCAUCCUCCUCAUGGCUUUCCCUGUCACCUCCAUCUUUCACACCUUCUCUCGCUCCUAUGUGGAGCUGAAAGAGGAACAGCGACGGUCGCUGAGGCAGAAGCUGGACUCACAGGACAGCACCAAGUCCCAGAACAGCGAGGACUCUCAGGAGACAGACAGUUAUCAUGGCCUCACAGAGGCCGCAGCCUCGUCCAUUCACCAGAGGAAGUCCAUGGCUUUGCACAGGACUGCUGAAAUGAGAGCGUCCAUGCAAACUUAGCUGUUCUACCCAUCUGGGAAGGUGUAACACCCAGUACUGGGACUGCAAGGAUGACAGCAGCAGGAUUGUGAACAAGGAGGAGAUUUGAGUGUGUGAAACGCUUGUAUACCAGAGUUUUCUAGAGGAACUGCAGGCAUCUUUCUUUCACAAAUUUAACUUUAAAAGAUGGGUAACCACACAAUACUCAUGAUUAAGCUGCUGAGGUCAAAUGAGAUUAAAAACUGACUCAGUUCUCUCACUGACUGCGAUCCAGACUAAAUCUGCGCAAAAGGGAAAUUUAAUACCAAAACAUUACAUGUUGUUAUUCAGACUAAUAAUUCAUUUUUUCAUGUAGCUGUAUGUGAGAAGGUUGUUUGCUAAGAUGUCAGACAUGCGGUUUAUUACUGCAUCACCUCCAUUCACUCUGUAUUGUACCUGGCCAACCCAAACAAUGUGUUGUUGGCGUGGCUCUGUUACAUAAGUGUAAUACAUGUACAUGAUAAUAUCAGCACAGUUAUUUGCAACAAAGCAGAACUAAUUAAUCUCUAACAUAAUAACACAAAACUAAUUUAUCUGCCAAAGGGCUACACAGUGUGUUGGGAGGUUUGGUUCACUGGAAAAUGAUGAGAGUUGAUCAUACCACUCUCAUCUGCUUGAUAGCUCACAUGCCGAUGCUUUAAAAGUUAAAAUAGCUUGACAUCUGGGGAAAUGCAGUUCAUUACAUUUUUUAUUUUUUUAUUUUUUAUUGCUAUAGUCAGAUGAGAAGAUUGAUAUCACUCCAAUGCCUGUGUGCUAAAAAUGAAAGUGUGGCACAGAUUAUCUUAGUUUAGCAUAAAAACAGGAAAUGUAGGUAAGACCUGGGCCGUUCGUCCAAAUACAGGUUUGACAGACAUAUUUAUUUAGUAGGUUUUGUAGGAGAGAAGAUGAAUCCUAAGGAGUUUGGUGACCCUUAGAAUUUUACAAUGUGCUGUAGAGUAAACUAAGACUAAUUGCAAGUUCAUAUUUUUCACUUUUUGGAUAUGAUAUCCCUUUUGAUUAUUAUGAUCGCUUUGAGAAAUGGACAUUACAAUAUGUUGGUGGACACAAAAAUAUUGAAUAAUUCUUUAAUCUAAACAACACCAGUCAGAAGAGCAACCAUCAAAAAGUCUGAGCUGUGAUUUGAUUGUCUUCAAAGUGGCUAGCUGGCUGUCAAAUAUCACCCAUAAAGUCUAAACCAAUUUCAGAUAUUACAAAUAUUUUUCAGUCCUAGAUGAUUUCCUCACAUAAAUGCAAAUUCAGCACAUCAUUUUCUUUGACUUGAGUGCCUUGUACUUUGAAGUGACGCACUAAAAAAACCACGUACCCAAACUGCUGUCGGGUUGGAGCAGACAAAAGUAGAGUACCAGCUCAAGAGUGCACAUGAGGUUCACAUAUUUUCAGUAUACAAUGCAGGUUGUGAGGAUGUAUAGUCUGCCAACUCUGAACUGCAGUCAGUGACUAAGUGAAUCAUUAAAAAGCAUGACAUUAUUACACAGUGCACACUUAAAAAUCACUGUAUGUACAAUAUUUAGGUUUUAAUGAAAGCAUUGUUUUGUUGAGGAAUAGAUGGCGCAGUGACAUCAUUGCUAUAGAAAUCCAACUUAAAACUAAUUUGUACUUUGCGUAAUGAAUCCAUAGGGAAUAGCUUUUUUGGAAAAUGUAAUAAAGAUUUAAACAAACAGUCCCAUGUGGAAAGGCUUUGAUUUAGAAAUGUAUUACACACAAGGACACUGACGAUAUCUGAAAGGCAGUGUGUGCUGUAUUUUUGCACUGAGAACAUCCUAAAGUGGUUUGUGUGUAACUUGGUUCAUGUUUUUAUUCCACAUCCAUUAAUAAUAAAUGAAUUCUGUUCCCAGGAGUAACGCACUGUAAGCUUGAUAAAUACUGACAGUGCUUCAGUGAAGUGUUAAACUAAGAAGGAGCAUGUUCUCCUGUUCACUGUUAGUGCUGUUGAGGUCAAACCAGAGAUCAGGCUGCUAAAGGGAAAAAAUAGGACCUGAGCUGAAUUCACUUUAUGGCUGUCAUCAUCUGUCACCUUACAUUAGCUGCCAGUUACCUGUGGACACACCUGGCAAACACUAAUUUAUUUGGAGUAGGUGUAUUACCAGCCCAAGGUUCAUUAGCCCAUCUUCAUGUAGCUUUGAUAAAAUAUCUGGUCCUUUAGCUGCUAAAUGUUGCAUUAUGCUCACCAGUUAGUUGCUAAUACUUAUAGCAGCUUUAAGUAUAAAAACUCCAAACAUUUCAGCCUCUUCGGGUACUGUAGCACUGUAGUCACUGAGUUUAGUAACAAGUUAUUGUAAGCAACUCUUACCUUAGAGGAGCAUAUCAGUAAGAAUCCUCACUAUCACUGCUGGUUUGAUGAGAUUUGAGGUGAUAGCGCUAUGUGCAGCACAAGGCACUGGAGGGUUUGCAAAACUUGGCACUAGAAAUUCUACAGUUUUUACCACACUCUCUCGCUCCUGCUCGUUCACCUGGAGCACUGAGCACAGUUCAGAUUUUUAUUCUGAGGACUGUUGUCGAUGAAUUCUUGACCUUGAUUUUAAAUAAGAGAUAAACAAAUUUCUGUUAGUGAGGGCUCAUGUGGCUGGCUGGAAAUACUUUCUGUGCAUAUGCACAGAACUGUACUGCUGAUAAGACAAUUAUAAAUUCAUACAGGUUGCUGUUUUCCACAUGAAUACAGCAAAAUCUACAAAAAUGGGGGAAAAGAUGGAGAAAUGUUAUUCUAAUCUGUAACAGGCAGACAUGUCUCAUAGAUUAGGUAAGUGGCAUAUUGAAAGACUUUCAUUUUGAAAAUGCCGUUUCCUCCUUCUUGGCUGGUACAUGUAUUAUCUGUCUCCUCCCUGUGCCAGUGGAGAGCUUGACGUGAGAGCCAAACACAUUACAAUUUAUGUGCUUUACACUUCACAUAGCAUAUGCACAAAGUCCAAAGAAGGACCACGGUUGGUGGACUUAUCCUUCCCCUGACAGCUGAUGACUGCCAGAGCUGCACUGCUGAUGAGAGCAACAGCAAAUGUCCGCACAACCGACACAAACAUCUCCAUCAAAGAAAACAUGACGCAGGGUCUCUCUUGUCCUCUUUAUUGGGUCACAAUGCCAACUUAGUUAAAAAGUUACUGAGAUGGACAACUGGCUGUUUAAUUUAAAAAAGACACACAAACUAAGAAAUAUAACAAAAAUGGCAUAAAAACAUACUUGUAACAUUUCGGGUACAUUAACACAGUAGGUGUGGGUUUCAAAGAAGUGACAAUGCAAAACAUGGCAGUUUCUAUAGAAAGAAACAUAAAAUAAAUUAGCCUAAAGAACACAAAACAAGUAGUAAAGUUAAAAUCAGAUACAUGGAACGAUACUGUGAAACUCUGUCAUUUUGUGCUUGUCACAUUUCUCGCCAUACAACACAAUGACCUGAAUAACACAGUCUGAAUAAAGAAUAUCUCCCACUGGCAUUUGAAGAUAAUAAAAAAAGAUAACAAAAUAAAUAGGUAGGCUAAAUAAGUGUAAACAACAAGAAACCAAGGAGUCAUCCACUAUGUCCUUUUAAUAUUUAAGAAAAGAGAAAUAUUUAAAAAAAACUUUCUUGAGGCUGAAAAGAGGUCGACAGAAUCAGGUCUGGUACGCUGAAGGACAGACGGUCAUACGCCUCCUGGUUUGGCAUUUCUCCCCCUCCCAAGAGAAAACAAAUUACAAAACAAUAACAUAGACAACCUUCACUGGGGCUGCAUUACGUGGCUGCUCUCCCUCUGAACAGGAAAUUAAUUUCUCAGGACAAAACGGGGAACCUGCCCAAAGGAGCAGCACAACACACUGAUGUGUAACAGUAACAAGGGAUGUUUCUGGACUUGGCCAGUCAGUGUUUUCUGGUAAUAUGAUGGAGGGAAAGAUAUGAUUUUAUUGAGCGUAUUCAGGAGUAUCAGUGUGUAAAAACUAUGUGAACUCCUCUAGAAGGACCAUUCUUGUCAAUGAGCUUCUUCAUUUUGGUAAUCAAAAAUGAUUUCCUCAUACCUGGAUCUUAGCACUUUAGUGAUUAUGUUUUUUUUUAAUUACACAUAAGAAUGAUGUUCAAAAUAAAAUCUAAUAUCAACCUGACUGCAGUUGAUUGAAUUCAUGUGUUACAGGUUGAUUUGUUUUUCCCAUCCUGCUGAUGCUGCAUGAAUGCAGCACAAAACUGUUAGAAAUCAUGCUUAGCUUUGAAAGAGCUGCCAGCUUAGCUGAAUCAAUUCAAUGAUGAUACUAUGUGUGUAUGAAUAAGUCCUGUUUUCAUCCUACAGGUGUGUUUAGACUGAAGGAAAAGCAGUCUUCACCUGGGGUAACUUAGAUAAAUUAGACCACUGCAAUCCCUCUUUAUUCUCCUGAAAACCUACCAUAAAAGCAACAAUACAAACAUUAGCUGUGGCUAGUUAGCAACCUACGCAGCAAGCUUGUGUGUGUGUGUCAGUGUUUGUGUGACAGCUCCUACUCUGAUCUCAGAA